UUCCCGCGUGGUGGCGGGAAAGGAGCCGCGUUUGGCGCGAAACGGGAGCGCGGCGGGGACUGAUCUGAUCUCGGGGUCUGAUCGUGAGGUCUGAUCUGAUCGCGGGGCCAGCCGGCUCCCCUCGCUCUCACCGCUUUCCCCGGCAGCAGCAGGAGCGGCAGCAGCGGCGGAGGGAUCCGUCCCAGGGCGGCCGGCAGAAUGGCGGCGCCGGCGGGCGGGCUGGAGGACGCGGAGCUGCGGGAGGCGCAGCGCGAUUACCUCGAUUUCCUGGACGAUGAGGAAGACCAAGGGAUUUACCAGAGCAAGGUCCGGGACAUGAUCAGUGAGAACCAGUAUCGGCUCAUCGUCAACAUCAACGACCUGCGGCGCAAGAACGAGAAGAGAGCCAGCAGGCUCCUGAGCAAUGCCUUCGAGGAGCUGAUUGCCUUCCAGCGUGCUCUGAAGGAUUUUGUCGCCUCCGUCGAUGCCACCUACGCCAAGCAGUAUGAGGACUUCUACGUCGGGCUGGAGGGCAGCUUUGGCUCCAAGCACGUGUCCCCACGGACCCUGACAGCCUGUUUCCUCAGCUGCAUUGUCUGCGUGGAGGGCAUCGUGACAAAGUGCUCUCUGGUGCGUCCCAAAGUCGUCCGGAGUGUCCAUUAUUGCCCAGCUACCAAGAAAACAAUUGAGCGCCGAUACACCGACAUGACCUCCCUGGAUGCUUUCCCAUCCAGCUCCAUCUACCCUACAAAGGAUGAAGAGAACAACCCGCUGGAGACAGAGUUUGGCCUCUCUGUCUACAAGGACCACCAGACCAUCACCAUCCAGGAGAUGCCUGAGAAAGCCCCAGCAGGGCAGCUGCCACGCUCGGUGGACGUGGUUCUGGACGAUGACCUGGUGGACAAGGUGAAGCCUGGGGACCGCAUCCAGGUGGUGGGGACGUACCGCUGCCUGCCGGGGAAGAAAGGGGGCUACACUUCAGGCACUUUCAGGACCAUUCUCAUUGCCUGCCACGUGAAGCAGAUGAGCAAAGACCUCCGGCCUCUCUACUCUGCUUCAGACGUGGCCAAGAUCAAGAGAUUUAGCAAGAGCCGCUCCAAGGGGUUUAUUGAUGAUAGAGACCCUUCUGUGGCCAAAUCCCAGCUGCUGAGGUACGUGCUGAGCACAGCACCCCGCGCCAUCCCCACCACUGGCAGGGGCUCCUCUGGUGUCGGCCUCACCGCUGCCGUGACCACAGACCAGGAGACAGGGGAGCGGCGCCUGGAAGCAGGAGCCAUGGUGUUGGCCGACAGGGGCGUGGUGUGCAUCGACGAGUUCGACAAGAUGUCCGACAUCGACCGCACGGCCAUCCACGAGGUGAUGGAGCAGGGACGGGUCACCAUUGCCAAGGCUGGCAUCCAGGCCCGCCUCAACUCCCGGUGUAGCGUCCUGGCUGCUGCCAACCCCGUCUACGGCCGGUAUGACCAGUACAAGACGCCCAUGGAGAACAUUGGCAUGCAGGACUCCCUUCUCUCCCGUUUUGACCUGCUCUUCAUCGUGCUGGACCAGAUGGACGCCGAGCAGGACAAGGAGAUCUCAGACCACGUCCUGCGGAUGCACCGCUACCGCAACCCCAACGAGCAGGAUGGCGAUGCCAUGCCUCUGGGCAGUGCUGUGGAGAUGCUGGCUACGGAUGACCCUGACUUCCUGCAGGAGGAGGAGCAGGAGCUGCAGGUCUAUGAGAAACAUGAUGACCUCCUGCAUGGGCCCAACCGCCGCAAGGAGAAGGUUGUCAGCAUGGAGUUCAUGAGGAAGUACAUCCACGUAGCAAAGAUGAUCAAGCCCGUGCUGACCGAGGAGGCGGCGAGCUACAUCGCUGAGGAAUAUUCCCGCCUGCGCAGCCAGAGCCAGAUGAACUCGGACAUAGCCAGGACCUCUCCCAUCACAGCCCGGACCCUGGAGACCCUCAUCCGCCUCUCCACAGCCCACGCCAAGGCCAGGAUGAACAAGACUGUGGAUAUGCAGGAUGCUGAGGCAGCUCUGGAGCUGGUGCAGUUCGCCUACUUCAAAAAGGUGCUGGAGAAGGAGAAAAAGCGCAGGAAGCCAGUGGAUGAUGACUCGGAGACUGAGAAAGAGGAAGAUCAGGAGUUGCAGGACAAGGAGGAGCACAGGACGAAGAGAAGGAAGAAGGCACGCACGGAAGGCGAGGAAGGCUCCUACGACCCGUACGACUUCAGUGAUGCUGAGGAGGAGAUGCCACAGGUUCAGGCACAUCCUCCGAAAACCCCCGAAGCCUCGGGAGCUGGUGAAGGGAAGAAGUUGGAGUUGGCUGAGCCAAGGUUGAAAGCAUUCAAGGCUGCUCUCCUGGAGGUGUUCAAAGCCUCCCACGCCCAGUCCGUGGGCCUGAAGAAAGUGAUGGAAUCCAUCAACCAUGACAACCCCGAGCCCUUCUCGGCGGCCGAGGUGAAGGUGGCCCUGGCCCACAUGCAGGAUGACAACCAGAUCAUGGUGUCUGAUGACAUUAUCUUCUUAAUCUGAGCCUCUGAGUGGAGGAGCCCAAGUUUUUCGUGGACUCUCAGCCUGGAGAUUCUUCGUGUUUGAGUGCUUCAGGUGGCUGAGCUGGAUUUUGGGGAGCUGAAGUCUGUGCGCUUCCUUGCUGUGCAUUUCUGGCACUAAAGAAAAGAGCCAGGAGCUCUGGAAGUUUUGCUGUCUUCAGAGUGGAGAUUUGGAAAGAGGUUUCUGCAAGGAGACAAAAGGAAAAACUCAGGAGGAAAUUAUCAGUGUUUUUAAUGUAUUGUUUUUAGCUUUGGUGUUAAGACUUCCAGCUUUUAAAUAAAAAAAUCUGGAUUUAGGAA